AUGGAUAUUACAACAGGUCCUGAGUCACUAAGACGGCGCUUCCGUACAGGUAACGGUGGAAAUAUAAAGAUGUUGGACGGUAUAAAAAUCGAAGACCAUCCGCUGCGGUCGGGACAAGCUACACUUGGAGUUAUGCUGGGGACGGAGUGCCAUCACCAGGCGGUGUGUGAGGGGUGCCAGCGGCCCAUAUCCGACCGCUUUCUGAUGCGAGUCAACGAGUCUUCAUGGCACGAGGAGUGUUUGCAAUGCGCCGUGUGUAAACAACCGCUCACCACCAGCUGCUACUUCCGGGAGAGGAAACUUUACUGCAAACAUGACUACCAACAGUUAUUUGCCACCAAAUGCAGUGGGUGUCUGGAGAAGAUCGCCCCUACGGAGUUUGUGAUGCGGGCACUUGAGUGCGUGUAUCACCUUAACUGCUUCUGCUGCUGUGUGUGUGACCGGCAGCUGCGGAAAGGAGAUGAGUUUGUACUGAAGGAUGGCCAGUUGCUGUGCAAGAGCGACUACGAGAGGGAGAAAGACCUGCUCGGCUCUGUCAGUCCAGAUGACUCAGAUUCAGAGAAGAGCGAAGAUGAGGAGCUCGAUAUCAAGCCGGAGAAAGGCUCUGGAGGUACAGGGAAGGGGGAUGAUGGGAAAGACCCAAGAAGACCGAAACGACCACGCACAAUCCUCACCACACAACAGAGACGUGCCUUCAAGGCGUCAUUCGAGGUGUCCUCCAAGCCCUGCCGGAAGGUAAGAGAGACCUUGGCUGCAGAGACAGGCCUGAGUGUGCGCGUGGUCCAAGUGUGGUUUCAGAACCAAAGAGCUAAGAUGAAAAAGCUGGCGCGGAGACAGCAGCAGCAACAGGAGCAGCAGAACUCCCAAAGGCUCGGCCAAGAGGUGAUGUCCAAUAGGAUGGAGGGUAUGAUGAACUCCUACACACCAUUGGCACCAGCCCAGCAACAGAUGGUUGCCAUGGAGAAUGGUUACAGCACCGAUCCCUUCCAGCAGGGCCUCACCCCUCCUCAAAUGCCCGGUGACCACAUGAACCCAUAUGGAAAUGACUCAAUAUUCCAUGAUAUUGACAGCGACACCUCAUUGACCAGCCUUAGUGACUGCUUCAUGGCCUCGUCGGAGGCGGGCUCAAUGCAAGCAAGAGUGGGGAACCCCAUCGACCGACUCUAUUCCAUGCAGAGCUCUUACUUUGCUUCAUGAAAACCUAAACUGACAAGGAAAGGCAAAAGUUGGUAACUCACUGCAGCUCACAGGUCUCCUCAAUAGACGCUGCCUAUCAAGGAAAUAUAAAAGAAGACCUCUUUCAUAGACAAAGAGGCAAAACCAGAAAAGACAGUGAACUAGAAGACUAACAGUCCUUGUUUCUCUGCAGUGAAGCUCCAGCUCAGGAUGCAAAAGAUGCCUGAGGCUGACAGAUUCUUUUCUAGUUUCUUGUAGAUUGUUUAUAUAUGACUGUCUCAGAAGUAGUGUUUCACCUUAUUCUCAUCAGUUGUGGAAAACAAAGAGUAUUGAUGUACAGUACGAAGUCACCGAAGAAUCCAACCUCCGCUCACAAAUUCCUGCUUUGAGAGGCAGAAGAUCAAGACACAUAGCUCAUAAUGCAUGAAUUCAUAUGUAUGUGACCGUUUCAUUAAAAAGUAAAAAGAAAAAAAAAGAUUAAAAAAAAACUUGUGUUGAUUUUGAAAUGUGAUGUUUUGACUCAUAAUUUCAUAAUUCUUUUCAUUAUGUUCAACAUUGCAUUUUAUCACUUUAAUAGGUUAGCCCUCUGAAAGAUUAUGUAGAAAAGCUUAGGCAAGAUAUGUACAGUGCAUCUGUGUUUGUAAGGAUGUUUGAUUGAGUGUGUGUUUGUGCGUGUGUGCAUGCAUGUGUGUGUGUGCGUGCGUGCUUGUGUGUUCCAGUCUCCUCUGCCUGUGUGGUUGUAUUAGUGUGUGUGUGUGUGUGUGUGUGUGUGUGUGUGUGUGUGUGUGUGUGCGUGUGUGUGUGGUUGUAUGAGUGUGUGUGUGUGUGUGUGUGUGUGUGUGUGUGUGUGUGUGUGCAUUUUCCAGUCUCAUCUGCCUGUGUGGUUGUAUGAGUGUGUGUGUGUGUGUGUGUGUGUGUGUGUGUGUGUGUGUGUGUGUGUGUGUGUGUGUGUGUGUGUGUGUCUGUACCUAUAUGUGAAAGAUGGUAAGGGACUGUCAUUGAAAGCUCCAUAUGUAUAUAUACUUUUCCAAAACGAAUCAGUUGUGCAUGUUAAAAAUGGAGAUCAUUCUAUUUAUUUAACUAAAACAUGCUUUUGAAGGUACUUUCAGAAACUGAAAAGCUUUAUUUAAAAAGGAGAAAAUUGUGUUAAGUAGCUGACGCAUUAUUUUCACUACACACUUGUCUUUUAAUUAUGAAAUACAAUGUACUGUAUGCUUAUUCCAGCAAUGUACAUCAGCGAAAAAUUGCUAUUUAUUUGUUACAGCCCUGACAUUGUUGGAAAUGCAUUUCCAAAUGUGAAGAUUGCUAAAUUGCCAAAGUCUGUUGGUACAAUGAAUAAAGUC